AAGGUCUCUGUAAACCAGAAAAAAUGUAAGUUUAUAAAUGAACAGCGUGGCAAUCGUGGAAGUUACUUAUCUGCAAAAGAGAGAGAUGGAGGGAAUAGAGCACAGAGAAGUGGAAGUAAAUGGCAUGAAAAUGCACAUAGCAGAGAAAGGAGAAGGCCCUGUGGUGUUGUUUCUCCACGGCUUCCCUCAACUCUGGCACUCUUGGCACCACCACAUUCUGGCUCUUUCUUCGGUCGGAUAUCGCGCUAUUGCACCAGAUCUUCGUGGCUUCGGUGACUCAGAUGCCCCCUCUUCAGUCAGCAGCUACACCUGCUUUCACAUAGUGAGUGAUUUGGUUGCGCUUAUAGAGCUUCUGGGUGUGGACCAGGUCUUCCUUGUGGCUCAUGACUGGGGAGCCAUCAUAGGUUGGUAUCUCUGCAUGUUUCGCCCCGACACAGUCAAGGCCUAUGUCUGCCUCAGUGAACCUUUACUCCACAGAGACCCCAACGUCAGAACCGUCGAUGCCAUGCAUGCUAUGUAUGGAGACGACUACUACAUCUGCAGAUUUCAGAAACCAGGCGAAAUGGAGGCUCAGAUGGCUGAAGUUGGGACUGAGUAUGUGCUGAAAAACUUGCUCACAACUCGCAAACCUGGUCCUCCAAUCUUUCCCAAGGGAGAGUAUGGAAGUGGGUUCAAUCCAGAUAUGACUAACUCCUUACCCUCUUGGCUCCCAGAACAUGAUCUUGCCUAUUAUGUUUCCAAAUAUCAGAAAACGGGCUUCACGGGAGCCUUGAACUAUUACAGAAAUAUGAACUUAAACUGGGAGCUGACAGCACCAUGGAGUGGGGUGAAAGUGCAAGUGCCAGUAAAGUUCAUCACAGGUGAGUUGGACAUGGUAUACACCUCACGAAACGUCAAGGAAUAUAUCCAUGGUGGAGGUUUCAAAGAAGAUGUGCCAAAUUUAGAAGAAGUGAUUGUGCAGAAAGAUGUUGCUCACUUCAACAAUCUAGAAGCAGCUGAGGAAAUCAACCGACACAUUGUUGAUUUUAUCAGCAAGUUCUGAUCUUAUUCAGAGAUGAACAUAUUGAACCUGGAACAAUGUUGCAGGGGUGGUGAAGUUAGUUGGUAUGUUGGGUUUCUAGGCCUACUAUGAUGUAAUAUAUGUCAAGUGAAGACAUGUUUUGAGAAAGUGAAUGUAAAAGUUUGUCCACAACAAGUAAUUUUUUUCCUCAC